UGCCGCAUGUGACACGACAUAAACAAUACAAAACUAUACCGGGAUCACGGCUUGCAGGAAGUUUGCCAAAAUAUCAUGAAUUUAGAACCAAUUAACAACGCUCUCUCUCAGUUGCGCGUGUUGCGCUCGAGUGUAGGUCAAGUGUUCGAAACGCUCGGCACAGGAGUGCGUGCAGACCAUGGCGAAGAGGGCAAGGAGCAGAAGUUUCUUCAAGAGCUACAGGAGCUACUCAACUCGGUUAACGCUAAUCUCAAAGACUUUGAAUCCUGCAUAAACGAUCUAACGCCACCCCAGACGCCGCUGACGCUUGCCAACUCGGCAUACCUGUCGCUGGAGACGAACCUCGAACGGCAGGCACUGUAUCCGCACCUGGUGCAGAGCUACAAAUGGCACGACAAGCUGCACGAGUACAGCACCUUCGCCUCGACGCUACUGCAGCAGAACUCGCUGAAACGCUCGUACUACACCAACACCAAGCGCCGACGGUCGCUUCCCUCGAGCCAUCUGGCCACACCGCAAAUGGUGGAAAAUCUGAUCGGUAGCAUACAUUACAACAACAUGAACCUGAAAAUUGCACGCCCCUUUAUGACGAAUGCAAUUUUACACAUAACCAUUGCCCGUGUGCUGCGCGCUGCAGUCAUACUGAAGGGACUGCUGAUCGAAUGGGUGACGGUGAAAGGGUACGAGGAGUCACUGCUGGACGGGGUCGACGAGCAAUGGACCGAAUCGAGACAUCAGGUAUUCCGCAAGGUGCAGGAUCAUGCACAUUCGGCAAUGUUGCAUUUUUUCUCACCCACACUGCCGGAGCUGGCCAUACGCAGCUUUAUCACGUGGUUCCGAAGCUACGUAACCCUUUUCGCUGAUCCGUGUAAAAAGUGUGGAAAACAUCUGCACAACACACUUCCACCGACCUGGCGCGAUUUACGAACGUUGGAACCGUUUCACGAAGAAUGUAAACAGUAACAGUGGAAGCUCGAGUGAAAUAGAUUACAGCAUACAUGGGCGUUCGCUAUCGACUGGACAUAGUACUCCGUGCCAGUUAUCAAGGCGUAUGAACGGGAGGCAUUUUUCGGAAUAAAACAAAUUCCAUGCAGUAAAAACUGAUCGUUUUUACUGAAUCAUGA